GGUUUUUUUAUUUGUAUGCAAAUAUAUGUCUCUUCCCCACGAUUCCCGACAUUAUCAUUAGUUAGCACCUGCAGACAGAUAAAAGCAUUGAUUUCACGCGAGAUAAAAUAUUAUUGCGGAGGCAGCACCUGCUACUUGCCAGUGCAGUGGGAUUUUUGGGGGAAAUUUACUGCUGACACAAGCAUGCAGAGUAGUACUAUAUAUGUACAGUAGUAUCGCAUUCUAGCGGCCAGACCUCACAACCAGAUUCGGGUUGCAAGAUCGCUCGUUGAUCUGCGCAAAGACUCGGGCUAUACUAUUGACAAGGGUUUUCCAUAAGUGCAAGUAACCAAGUGCGACAAGCAAGGUCAUGGAGAAAUCCACAAAAGCACUAUCCCUUCUUGAAGAAGCACUAGAUCCAGCGGUUCUUGAGACUUUGAAGAAAGGUGCUCAACGUUUGGCUGAAUUCGUAACCAAAGCGACGAACGUCAUCGGUGAGGCAAAGAGUAGUCUGAGAAAAGCAAAGACCUCUCACAAAGUUUGCUGGGCUAGCAUGGACAGUGCUAUAGACUUAGCGCAAGACUUCACGUAUGCAGUUAAGAAAUAUGCCGAGUGGGGUACUAGUUCUGGAUCCUUAGUUCAGGGAGCGAUGUUAGCGGUGGCUGGUGAUUUUCGUCAUUUCGAAGCCUUCAUGGAUACACUGACGACGCAGUUACGACAAGUACAGAGGAGCUACGACUCGUUUAGAGAGGCUACACAAAAAGCAGAAAAGCAAGCGUGUACUGCAGCGGACAGUGCAGAGAAAGAAAGCAAGAAGGCCAAAAACCACCGAAAGGUUGUCCAAGGGGUCGGUGGAACCGCAUCUGGCCUAUUGAUCGGUGGCGGCAUUGCAGGUCUCGUUCUCACCGCGGUGUUUCCACCAGCCGGUCUUUUGGUUGGCGCUGCACUGGCCGGUUCGGGAGCAGCAGCAUCAGGAGGAGUAGCAACUGCUCUUGUGACUGACAUUGCCGCAACAGACCUCAGAAUAACAGCACAACAAUUGCACAAGUUGGGUCAAGCGUUGAAAGAGCUGUCGCAAGUGGGCGCUUCUCUCCUUGCAAAAAUGAGUCGUUUGAUGAUUCGUGUGAAUCAAAGAGAGAGGACAGUGACAGUUCUUCGCACGGCAGCUAGUCAUGCCAGGAUUGGUGCACCCGAUUUCUUUAUUGAGGCAACGAGACGGUUUUGCGCUGAGUCACGCACGCUACGGUUUGGAGCCUGGGAAGCUGGCUAUGGGUUGACACGUCUCAAGGACAUGAAUCCGUACACGAGCAGACGUUCACGUAAAUACUAGUAAUGAAAAGAAACGUUGCUUUGAACUCUAACUGCGUACAUGUUGUGCGAACUUACGUCUGUGGUAUUUACGUUUACGUCUUUAAGCUGUACGUGUCUAGCUGAACGUGUCUGUGUCUGAGCUUUCGUCUUUACGUUUUGCUGUUUUGAGUUAUUAGUCAGUAACUGCUUGCGUUGACUAACAACUUUCUAAUUAGACGUUGUACUGAUGGAACUGUACGUUAUGACGCUGUUUGUAUCCUAACCAAUAUAUGAUAUUGAAAAAGCUGCAAAGAAUAGUGAAC